AAUUCAUAAAAUUUUAAGUUAGUGAUGCUUAUUGAGUCUCUAUUUUUGUUAAAUAUAUUUAUAAUGUUGAAAAUUAGGAGGUAAACAUGGAUCGUCGUUGGAUCAACAAUCCAGAUAGGCUGUCAUUAGAAUAUGCUACUGGUAUUACUGAAUUCAUAGAUAUAGCAAAGCAAUUUGUUGAUUCUAAAGGGAAUGUGCUAUGUCCUUGUUGUCGAUGCGUAAACAAGCAAUCACAAUCUAUGCGGGUGAUCAAGCUGCACUUGAUUACUCAUGGUUUUCUAUGUACUUACACUAAAUGGUACCACCAUGGUGAGCAACUAGAGGAAGUACAAAAUAAAGAGUUAUUUGAUAGUGAGGAAGUUGAUAAUGAAAAUGACAAUUUAGCUAGAGGUCUACAUGAUGCUAUUGGUGGUGAGUACUUUGACAUUGGUCCAACUAGUGAUUUCACUAAUACUAAAUUCCAACAUAAUGGGGGUGACAAGUAUGAUGCAUUAUUCGAGUCUCUUCAGAAGCCUUUAUAUGAAAAUUGUAAAAACUUUUCUGUCUUAAGUGCUGUUGUAAAGUUGAUGAAUGUGAAGGUGCUUAACAAAUUGACUGAUAAAGCAUUCGAUGACCUUCUAAAGUGUUUGAAAGAUAUAUUACCUGAUGGCAAUCAUUUCCCGGAUGACUAUUACCAGACAAGGAAGCUUCUUUGUGAAGUAGGAUUAGGGUAUGAGCAAAUUGAUGUUUGCCAAUAUGAUUGUGCAUUAUUCUAUGGUGAGCAUGCAAAUGCCUUGUUCUGUCCUAUAUGCAAUACUAGUCGUUAUGUUCGAAACAAAAUCCCACAUAAACGAUUAAGAUGGUUUCCAAUAAAAGAUAGACUUAAGCGAUUAUUUAGUUCUAAGCAUACUUCUAAGGAUAUGCGUUGGCAUAAAGAGGUACGCAAAGAAGAAGAUGGAAUAUUGCGUCAUCCUGCUGAUGGUUUGGCUUGGAAGCAUUUUGAUGAAGUAUAUCCUGAGUUUGCAGUAGAUUCAAGGAGUGUACGAAUGGGUUUGGCAUCCGAUGGAUUUAACCCUUUUUCAAACAUGACAUCAACCUAUAGUUUGUGGCCAGUAAUAUUAAUUCCAUAUAACAUGCCCCCUUGGGCUAGCACAAAUGGAACAAACUAUCUCAUGUCAUUAUUAAUACCAGGUCCAAAAUCACCUGGAAAAGAUUAUGAUGUGUUCUUAAAGCCGCUCAUUGAAGAGCUUAAAGAACUAUGGGAGGGUGUCGAGGCGUAUGAUUCAUAUGAGAAAUGUUCAUUUAGACUUCAAGUUGCAGUCUUGUGGACAAUUAGUGAUUUUCCAGCUUACGCGUAUUUGUCGGGGUGGAGCACUGCAGGUAAAUUAGCAUGCCCUGUGUGUUUAGGAGAUACACGAUAUAGAAGAAUAACUUACAAACAAUGUUUCAUGGGACAUCGUUGUUAUCUAAAUAUAAACCAUUCUUGGCGAAAGAGUAAAGAAUAUGAUGGAUCUACUGAAUUACGUGGCCCCCCUAGAGAUUUUACAGGUGAUGACAUUUUACGGCAGCUGGAUGAGGUUCCUAUUCGCACAUCUGGUAAGGCACCAAGUAAUUCCUCUAGAAAACGUAAGCGUGGAGAGAAUGAGCUAAAUUGGUGUAAAAAGAGUGUAUUGUUUGAGUUGCCAUAUUGGUCAAAACUCUUAUUACGUCACAAUCUUGAUGUGAUGCACAUAGAGAAAAAUGUUUGCGAUAACAUUAUUGGUACACUUUUAGAUAUUGAAGGUAAAUCUAAAGACAAUUUGAAAGCUCGUAAAGACUUAGAAAUCUUGAAGAUUCGUGAAGAGCUUUGGCUAAAGAAGUCAUCUUCUAACAAGUUUGAAAAACCUCAUGCUAGCUAUACUUUGACGAAAGAAGAAUGUAAGGAAUUUUGUCAAUUCAUUCAAACUGUUAGAUUGCCAUAUGGAUAUGCCUCAAAUAUAAGUCGAUGUGUAACAGAUAACGACAAAUUAGCUGGAAUGAAAACUCAUGAUUGUCAUGUUUUACUUCAUAAGAUAUUACCAGUUGCAUUACUUCCUUUUCUAACGAAGACUAUUCGUGGUACUUUGAUUGAAUUAUGUCAAUUCUUUCAAAAAAUUUGUGCAAAAACUAUACGAACUUGUGACAUUGAAGAAUUUAAUGGAGGAAUCGUAAUAAUCUUAUGCAAGUUGGAGAAGAUAUUUCCCCCUUCAUUUUUCACUAUAAUGGUUCAUCUCUGUGUCCACCUGCCAAAUCAAGUGUUAUUAGGUGGUCCCAUUGCUUCCAGAUGGAUGUUUGGAACCGAAUGCCAUAUGGGUUUGUAUAAGCGAUAUGUGAGGAAUAUGGCACGACCUGAUGGUUCAAUUGCUGAAGCCUUUGUUGUAGAUGAAGCUGUAACUUUCUUGUCAAUAUAUGUAUCAAACAUAGAGACAAGACUUACAAGGCCAGAGCGUAAUUGGGAUUUACCUUCUACAAAUCAUACUUUGGAUGUUUUCAAUUCCAAUGUUCGCCCAUUAGGUGCAUCAUCCGUCGAGUUAUUACAAAAUUGGAGAAAAGUUAUUCAAUGGUAUAUAUUGAAUAAUUCUAUCAAUGAUAUUCAAGAUUAUCUUGAUGAACAUCGAAAAUUGUUGGAACAAAGAGGUCUUUCAGAAUUAGAAGUUGCAAAUCACCAAAAAGAAGAAUUCUUGUCUUGGUUUAAGACAAAGGUGAGAGACUGUCAUUGAUGAUUUCUUACUUAUUUCUUGUUAUUUUUGUU